AUGCCGCCAGGUCGCAUUCCCCCCGUCUCCAACUCCCCGGAUAAGAUCCAACUGGAGCGUCUCAGCCAUGUCUGCUAUGGCCACACUGAUCUCAACAAAUUCGACGCAUUUGCGCGAGAUUUCGGGUUUGAGCAAGCCAGCCGCACCGAAUCGGCGAUCUACUACCGAGGCUGGGGCAAAGAUGCCUGUGCAUACGCGGCCUUGCAGGCUGGCGUGAAUGGUCAGGAGGAAGGAUUUGUAGGCGCUGCUUUCAUCGCCGGGUCCGAACAGGACUUCGCCCGAUGCGCAUCGCUACCUGGAGCGUCGGAGGUAGAGAGAAAUCCUGCUCCAGGAGGCGGAAAGAGGGUGAAGCUCGCGUCACCGUCUGGAUCGAUCAUCUACAUCAUCUGGGGACAAGAGGACCGCACGGCGUCGGUAAAGCCUGUCAGCAGCACCGAUGUACACAAAGGACCUUACAAUACGACAUUAGCGAAGCCACGAAAAGGAGAAUUCCAGCGAUUCAAAGUAGGCCCUGCAAUGGUCCACAAAAUCGGUCACUACGGCUACGUCACGCGCAUGUUCGACGAGGACAUCGCUUUCUACACAGAGAACUUCAACUUCGUCCCGUCGGAUAUCCUCUACGAGGAGGUAGAGGGCCAAGGCGAAGUCGACAGCUUGACCUUCAUGCACCUCGACCGCGGCCAGACCUACGUCGACCACCACACGCUUUUCCUCUCGCGCGUGCCCGCCUCUCACCCGAAACCGUAUCAGAUCCAUCACUGCUCGUUCGAAGUAGAGGACUUUGACACCCAGAUGCUGGGUCACGAGCAUCUGCUUAACAAGGGAUAUAGUCUGGUAUGGGGGGUGGGGCGCCAUAUCCUAGGAUCGCAGAUCUUCGAUUAUUGGAAGGAUCCGAGUGGGCUUACCAUUGAGCACUAUGCUGAUGGUGAUGUCGUGAAUGUAGAUAAUCCGACUGGACGGAUGAAGAGUGAGGGCGCUGCUUCUAUGUAUAUCUGGGGGCCGAUUCGCCCGGCUAAUGGAGUGGCUGGUUGA